AUGCUCGGCGAGUGGCCCACCCACCCUCCUCCGCUCGUCGUCCCGAACGACCACCUCCCCCUUGAUCUCUCACCACCACCAAUGCCCGACUCAAACUCAAAUCCGACGGAUAUCGAUAUUGAGGAGGAGGACGCGAUGCCGGAACUGGUGGACGCGAGCGACGAAGAGGAGAUGCAGGUCGUGCAGGAGCUCAUGGCCGUCGACGACGACGACUCUGCGCCUCCCUCUCCUCGACCCCAAGCACAAGCCGAACCGAGCAACACGAUCCCGCCGCCGCAACAGCCGGCGGCAGAGGCGGGACAGGAUGCGAGGUUGCCGGGGAUCAGGCAGAUGUUUGAGGACGCGCUGAGGAACGGGGGGACGGGGCCCGACGCGCCUGUGACCAUUUCCAUGGACUUUACAUUCCAGCUUCCCCUCGUACCCGCUCCGCCUCCUCAUCCUGCGAACCCUAAUCCUACGAAUCAUUCAAAUGGGGUACCCAUCAUCAUCACGCCCGGCGACUUUGGCAACCCCGCCGCCAACGACGCCCACAACCACAACCACACCCACGGCAACGAGCGCCCAGAUCCUCGCACGCUCUUGCAAGCCUUAUUCGGUCUUAUGGCCGGACACGGCGGAGAGCGCGAGGAUCCAGAGAGGGCACGAACAAUUGUCAGGGGACUCGAGGCUGUUAGUGAUGGGAUGGUCAAGAGGCUGAUCAGGGCCGAGGAGGGGACUUGUGCCGUCUGCAUGGAGUCAUUGGAGGACGAUGCCUUAUUCGGGCAGGAUGCGCCGGCAUCGGAGAACGCGGCGCCGGAGUCAACAAAUGCGACGUCAGACGCGCCUAUGCCGUCCGAGCCAUCGAGCUCGACACCCGCGACACCCGAGCCGCCUCUCCCACGGGUCGUCGCCCUCCCCUGCGCGCACGUCUUCCACACCGCCUGCCUGACACCCUGGCUCGCACGCCAAACAACAUGCCCCAACUGCCGCUUCGACCUCGACCCCGACUCGCUCACGCUCUCCAUCCCUCCCGCAGCAGAAGGACAGGCCGCAGCUAGCCACAUCUUCAAUCAUCUGUUCGGUGGCCUGCCGCCGUUGCAACGGGUACAUACGGGAGUGGAAGACGGCUUCAAUACGUUUGUCACUACCAUUCGUAGGAGAGAUGCACCGCCUGCGGCCGUUGCUACGAAUGCCGGGCCUCCGCCGCCUGCGGCACUGGAGAGGUUGCCUACCGCCACACUUGAGCGCAUGUUGCUCGCGGUGCCACCCCAUCUGAGGCCGCAUAUUGAAGGAGUUCUAGCACGGAGGAGGGCGAGUAGCCAGGUCCAGCGCGGCGAGGGUCAACCAGCAGCCUCCACACCCACGCCUCCCACAACCACUACGACCGCCGCGCCACCCACCACGAACCCGGCACUCUCCCCCGCAGCCCAAGCCCUCCUCACAGCCCACGCCCGUCGCGUCCACGCCGGAACGCUCCAAGCCCAAGCGCGCGCUUUCCGCGCGCAAGCACAAGAGCACCGCGAUGCGGCCGCGGCCAUUGCGGCGCAGAUGGGAGAUGACGUGCCGGAGGAGCUGAGGCAGCGGCAGAGGGAUUUCGAUGAGAGGGCCAGAGUGCUGGACGAGAGCAUGAGGGCGGUCCCGCCAGAGUUGCUGGCGGCGAUGCUGGGUUCAGCGUCGGAGCCUGUCGCUGGGCCCUCGGCUCAGUCGGCUGGAGAGGGAGGACCGACGCAGCCCGGGGCGGGACCGCUCAUGUCGCUUUUCGCGAGGCAGUUUGCGGACCUCUUGCAGAGGGGGAUCGAAGGAGGGAUGGCCGUUCACCAGGAUCAUCACGAGCACCCGCCCGCAUCGGCUGUGGCUGGUACAUCGACGGCGCCUGCCGCACAACCCCAGCCCGUGCCGACAUCUGCGGCUCAACAACCCGCGCCCGCGACGCAGCCUCAGCCGACGCCACAGCCCGCGAACCCGCUCUCGCGCAUUCAGAUGUACUCCCUCGCACCCGGCCAGACGCCGCCCCCGCCCCCGCCGGGCUUCACCUUUGUCGACAUUGUAGUUCCCCACGGCGGCGGGCGGCCGUACGCUCUGCAUCCCCAGCUCCAACCUCAUCCUCCUCAGCCGACGACUCAAACUACCCCUGGUGCGGCGACGGCUGGCGCAGAAGGUACUGGUGGAGAAGGCGAGAUGGACGUGGAUGCGCACAUGGGUGAUGUGCUCUUGGACGGAUUGCUCGGAGGAAUCGCGAGGGCUAUGGUACAGGCGCAUAUGGCGGCACACCACCCACAAGGCGCGUCGACGACCCCGCCUGGUUCGCCGCCCGCUUCUGCGUCCGCGCCUGCCACGGCAGGAAGCUCCGCACCUCCAUCUGCUUCGGCCAGCGCCACUGUACCACCGCCCACGCCGGCCGCCGGCGGUUCAACGGUAUCGGCCGACGGCGUGCACCUCGCGCCAGACGGUACUCUCGCUCUAGCUGCCGACACGCAAGCCACGAGCGCCGAACAGGCCCAGCCGCGUCGCACGGACUCGCCGGCUCGUGCGCGCACGGGGAGGGUAGCCAGCGGGAGCGUGCCGAGCGUCGUGAGGAUCAAUCCCAGCGGACCGAGCACGCCCGUGAGAAUCAGCACCGAGCCGCCCACCGCCGCCCCCGCCGCCGGCCCGUCCGCUCCCUCGGCGCGCCCCAGCAACCUCCCGAUCGCCGCGCUGCCGUUCCCGCUGACGACGCCCGCACCCGUCGCGACCCCCGCACAGCCCACCGCCCGCGCCUCCACGCGCGCGCACCCGGGCCUCGGGAUGCAGUACAACCGCGCGGGCUUGUCGUUCACGCCGCUCACGGGCCCGGGCGGGCGCGCGUUUGGCGGGAUCGUGAUGAUCACGCCGCAGGCGCUCGCCCAUCCCGCGGCGCCCCAGCCUCAGAAUCUGAAUCAGGCUCAGCAGCCGGUCUUUGGACCCGCGCCGCCGCCGGGACAUGCCGCAACUGCUGCUACUGCCGCGCCGAAUUCACUACCAUUCGGUCCGGGCGUCACGACAGAUGCGUCCGUCUUCAACCCCGUAGCCCCAUCCGGUCGUGCGCCCCGUCCACAGCUAGUGUCAGUUACACCCGCUCCCGCCCCCGCCCCCGCCGCCAACCCAACGAACAACAACACGUUCACAUUCGGCCCCGCGCCCGGCGCGCCCAACCCGUUCUCGUUCGGACCUGCUCCUCAACCUCAGCCUGUGAAUGGUGGUGGAGCGGCGGGGAUGCCGAGGGUGCUGCAGGACUUGGUGUUAAGGGAUUUGAUGGGGAUGAUGAUGGGCGGCGGUGUGGGUGUGGAGGUUGUACGGGGCGAUGGGGAGGGUGCGAGGCCUGUUGCGCCGUUGCCGAGGCGGGCGAGGAGCGUGCCGCCCGGAGCCGCUCAGCCCGCUCAGCCCUCUCAAGCUCAGGCGCAGGCGCAGGCUCAGGUGCAAGAAGGAGAGGCCAAUCCGCGCGAUGCGCCCGGCGCACCGAGAAUCCCUCCGCGCCCCGCGCCCGCUUCGUCGGCAUCAGCGCCGAGGAGGAAAUGGGCGCCGCCGCCUCCGCCGGGUUUGACGCUGCGCCAACGCGUCGAGGCGAGCGAACGCGCGAGAGGCGCGCGGUGCGAUAUGCCGGUGUGUGUGUAUGCGCCGAGCGAUGAGAGGCCGGAGGGCGGGGAUGGGGGCGCGUUGGGGGGUGUGCAGGGAUGCGGUCAUAUGUAUCACGCGGGGUGUGUGGGGGAGAAGGAGAAGUGUGUGGCUUGUGAGACUGGGGAGAAGGAGAGUGUUAGGGAGGGGAAGAGGAAGAGGGAUGUAGAGGCUUAG